GUGGGUGAUUCCAACUGCAAACUAAGAUCUUAUAGGCCACAACAACUUGUGGCUCACAAAAUUUCCCCUUUUCUUAUUUGGCAUUCCUACUUUUUCCCUUUAUAAAACCUCUUCACAGAAACUCACAAACAAACAGAACAAAGAGACAAAAACAACACUCCACAACCCCAACAACAACAACAAUUUCUUCUACAUAUUACCAUUGAAAUGUCUGAGAUGAUUAAUGAUUCAACCAUCAAACUUUUUGGGAGAACAAUAUUCUUAACACACAACAUCGAUGUCUCUACCAAUGAUUCUUCCUCAGAAUUUGAACCUUCUCUUCCUCAUGAAGACUUCUCUAAUCAUAGUCUUCAUUCAUCUGUAUCUUCAUCUUCUCCACUUGAAGUAAACUCUUCAAUGGAACAUGUAGCAAAGAAAUAUAAGGAAACAUCAAGGAAAGAAUUCACCUCAGACCAAGAUUUAGAUGAUGAGGCUUCAUUUCAUCUCACAAAGGAUUUAAAAUCCACCACAUGUUCAAGUCUUAUUGAGAACCCCAAGACUCCCCCAUCAGAAACAGAAACUUCGCAACAGAAUUCCACUAAAAUUGAUGAACAAAGUGAUAUUUCACAAGACAAAUCUCCCAUGAAACCGGACAAAAUUGUUCCAUGUCCAAGGUGCAAAAGCAUGGACACAAAGUUUUGCUACUACAACAACUACAACAUCAAACAACCGCGACACUUUUGCAAAAACUGUCAGAGAUAUUGGACUUCUGGAGGAACCACUAGAAAGAUGCUUGUAGGCGCAGGUCGGCGCAAGAACAAAAUCUCUUCUUUUUCUUCUGAUGUAUCACAUUAUCAACAAAUGAAUACUGUCUUUACCUUUGGGUCAAAUUCUCCUAUUAUGUCUUCAACUCCACUUGACAAGAAAAUGAAUAUUGAUUCACAUGAAGAAACAAUUGAUAAGAGUUAUCAAAGUUUUCCUCCACAGAUUCCAUGGAACCCUGCAAUGUGUUAUCCUGUGUCAUUUUAUCCGAAUAUGGUACACUAUGGCGGUUUCUUGCAACCAUUAUGGAAUGUACAAUCUAUCCCAACACAAUCUUGUGGCCCAAGUAAACCUACAUUAGGGAAACAUUCAAGAGAUGGAGAUAUGAUCAUUCAUCCCAACUCGGAGAAAGAAAAACUUGGCUUAGAAAGUAACAAGAAAGAAGGUAAUAGUAAUACUAGUGUGUUGAUUCCUAAGACACUCAUAAUUGAUGAUCCGAAUGAAGUUGCAAAGAGUUCUGUAUGGUCAACAAUAGGAAUCAAGAAUGCGAGAGGAAUUUUUAAGGGAUUUGCAUCAAAGGGUGAUGAUAAGAAUGAUCAUGUUGUCGAAGCCUCCUCAUCAGUAUUGAAAGCUAACCCUGCAGCUUCAUCAAGGUCUCUUGUGUUCCAUGAGAGGAUUUGAUUGGCAAUAAGUAGCACGGAUUUGAUUGGUAAAUCAUAGUAGAAAUUGUUCAUUAGAUUCUAAAAUGUUUAGAACAUAGAUCAUAGGCCAGUACAAUCACAUUCGGCUAAGGUGCUUUUGAUUUUUGUUAGAAAUAGAUGACUUUGUUGAGUAAAUACCUUUGUAUGUACAUAUUUUAUAUAUAUGAAUAUGAGAAAGAAUAAAUAACAA